CGUUGUGGUUGUUUAUAAAUUCCUAUUACUUGUCAUUAAUGUAUGUUUCCUUGUUGGUUAACUGGAAAUGAAAGAUUUAAAGAGUCUGCAUGUGUUUUAAUUUUCCGUUGAUAGUAUUCCUUGGCGCAAUUAAAUAAUCAGCUUGGCAACACUGCAUAUACUGAACAUGGGGAGUGAAGCGUUGGAGUAAUGUCGGAUAUGUGUUGUCGUUAGAUUCUGUUUGUGUUCCUGACACCAGGGCCAGUUCGUUUUAUUCUCCUUGGUGAUAUUUUUACGACAUGGGAAGAUCGAGAACACGAAGCAAAUCACCGAAAAGGCGGCACAAAAGUAAACACUCUCGGAAAAGAUCGAAGUCUCGUGACAGAAGCUCUCACAGCAAACACAGUGAAAAGACAAGGGAAAGGAGCAACAAAUCAAGGAAAAGGUCACAUUCUGGAUCAUCAAGCUGUAGUUCAGAUGCUUCAGACGACGUACCAAGAACUGGUGGGCACUCUAGGAAAAGAAGUUACCAUGAUCGGAAAAUGGAUGAAGUUGAAAGACUGGCGGAGAUGGAAAGACAGAGGAGACAAAGGGAGCUAGAACAAAAGAUGGUGGAGGAAGAAACUGCAAAACGAAUUGAAGAGCAAGUGAAGAAGAGGGUUGAGGAGGAAUUGGAAAAACGAAAAGAGGAAAUUGAGGCAGAAGUACUCAGGAGAGUUGAGGAAGCUAAGAAAAUAAUGGAAAAGCAAAUGAUGGAAGAAAUGGAAAGACGGCGAGAACUACAGUUGGAAGAGGAAAGGAGGAGAGAGGCUGAAGAAAGAAGGAAGCGUGAAGAGUUAGAACAGAUUAUGGCAGAAAAUAAUCGUAAAAUUGAGGAAGCCCAGAAGAAACUGGCAGAAGAGCGCUUGGCUAUGGUUGAGGAACAGAGAAAGAUGGAAGAGGAACGCCAAAGGCUGAGAAAAGAGCAAGAAAAACGAAUUAAGGAAGAGCAGAAGAAAAUUUUGGGGAAGAACAAUUCACGACCCAAGUUGUCCUUUACAUUGAAGCCAGCUGUAUCGUGAACAGGUCCAACAAGUCCAUCGUGUUUGUGUGUGUGUGUAAUCAUAUUUCAAAAGAAAUGUGUGUUUGCAUGAUCGAGGAUUUCAUUUUUUCACUCCAUGUGGGUGCUCAAUGAGAACAGGAGUUGUCUCAGGACUUAAAUGUUCAGUUUUCAGGUAAUAAUGAGAUAUUCUUAUUUUACCCUGUACUUGAAGUUUUUCAGUCUGUUUUACUCGGCGAUAUAAUUUAAACAUCAAGCUGUAAAAAUUUAAAAGAAAUAUAUUUGCUGUGGCAUUAGUGGUGUUGAAUCAGGAGUGGAAACUAUUCAUCUAUGAUAAAGAGCAUGAAUGCAAGCCCCUGAAAGACACAAAUGACAAAAGUUGCUGCCUGGAAAUUUUGUACAGUUCUUGUCUGAUAUGCGUAUGACAAUUUUAGAUUUUUUUACAGCAUUGCGGUAUAGUCUUUUGUAAUCUUGAAAGGGUAAUGUCUGUACAGUAACAAGAUAUUGUGUAGCUUUCAGAUUAUUGUUCAGUAUAACCGAACUAGUAAUGCCUUUCAGUUGCACUGCGUAUUUUCAUUUACUAUUUCCAUAAAAAUUCAUUAAUUCUUCAGCUCUUGAGAUUAUCUUUUGUAGCAAAUACUGAUUUUUGCCAUAACUAUUACUGAAUUUUAUUUUUUGUCGUUUUAUGGGAAUGUAUCUAAAGGAUGCCAUAUUGAAAUAAUUGUAACAUGAUAAAAAAAUUAACUGAAUUGGGCAGAUUCACACUUGACGCCUCUCUCUCUCUCUCUCUCUCUCUCUCUCUCUCUCUCUCUGUAUUUCCCUACUAUGUUGUCAUACAGUUUAUAUGAUUCUGUUGUAAAAAUGACGUGUGCCGUUUUAUCAUUAAUAUUUCAGGUGAAGUGUUGGUUAUUGAUCUUAGGAUAUGGGUGUUUUUUCGGCUUAUUUACUCAUGGCACUUACAGUAAUUAUAUUACCACAGGAUGAAUAAUGGUCAAGAUUGUUUUUUAGUGUGGAGAACCAUACUGCCACAUUGCCUCUGCAGUUAUAUCUUUCAGUGAGCUAUCCUUAACAUAUUGCCUGUACAGUUGUGUGUUUCCAUGAGCCAUUCUUCAAGCAGGAGUUACCUUUUUGAAGAACAUAUAUGAGGGCUUUUGAAAUUGUUAACAAUUUAGCCAUUGACGGACUUUCAUGUUAUAUCUGUUUCGCAGCCUUCAAUGUGGGGAUUGUAUUGAAUUCACCUGAGCACAUAUUUGCUCAACAUUUGAGAUGGUAUUAAUUGUGUCCUGCCUUAGUUAAAAGGUGUAAUUAAUAAUUUUGCGUUACUGUGGUGACAUUUAUCACUUCUAAAGAAUGCUAUUGAGAAAGUGACAAUUUUUUGUCAUUGUGCCAUAAAAGGAAUUUCACACACAAAG